GUUCCUCGUUCGUUCAGAGGACUGCGAUCUUAUCUAACACGCCAUAAAGCAAACCGGGAUUGUCCAGCGCCGCUUGCAUCUCUCGGCCACUCGACUGCAACUGAGACACCUGCUGGCCGAUAACGAUAUUACACCUACUCCAAUUCACUGUAAUUGCCUUAUGACAAGUAAGAUCUGAAAAACUACAAAAAUGACUAGUAGCAUAAUUAUCCAGGAGUUCAAUAAUUAUUUUGCUUAUGUCAUGUAUGGUAUUCUGCAAGGCUUAUGUGAUUUUCCUUAUACAUCCCUCUAUUUGAUUCUAGGAAUUAGUCUUGUUUUUCAUAUUAUCUCAUUAAGAAAAUGGUUUAAUAACAGAGCCAAGAAUGAGACAUCUUUAGAAAUGAUACAGUCUUUACAGACUAGUAAUGAACAGCUAGUUGGAAAAAUCAACACUUUGGAGAGAGAUACCAUUAACUUGACACACAAAAUUCAGUCAAUGCCAGAGGAUAUUGAGACAUUAUCUGAAAGAAUUCAUGCUUCUGAAAUUAAUAAUCGGAAUGUGUUGAAAAUUUAUGAUAGAUUAAUGGAUAAGGUAUCUCUCCAGGAAGAUAAUAUGUAUGGCAUCAAAAUUAUGUUCACGGAUAAGAUGUUACCUUUACUGGACAAACUUCAUACCUUGGAAUCCUCAGUGAGGUCAUUAGAACAGAAAACUGGACAGGAGAUUCAGACUUUACGAAAGUCAGUAGAAAAACGAUUAGAAAAGAUUGAGGAAUUUAUCAAAACUGAUGAACAGGGACAGAACGUCCAAGGACAGGAUUUAGCCUCAUCAGUACACAUUCCCGAUCACUGUGAAAAACAUGUCUCACCAGGAAAAUUAAAUCCAGUGCCUACUGUGAAAAAUCAUACUCUUCUGGAUGAUGGAAUAGAGAUGGAGGAUGAAUCAAAAACUCUAGUAGGAAAUAGGAAACGUAUGUUUUGGCAGACUUCUAUAAAUGAUCAAAGACCAAAUCUAAGAGUGUGUAUAAAUGAUAUUGUAAUUGAGGGGAUGAUAGACACAGGUGCAGAUUUCAAUGCUGGGUCUCCACUAGGACUCUUUCUGGGCAUCCACUGUGCCCUGUGUUGUGGAGAGCUUGCCGCUUUGGGUCUGUGGGUCAGGUCCAGUCCUGUGCUCCAGCAAAUCAUAGAUGAGGUGAAUGUUGGGGCAGGCCAAGUCAUAACCCUGGGCAGAUAG